AUGCUCGAGAUGCAGUCCCUCAAAAUCACCUCCCGCGCCGGCGCCAGACCAAAGUCGACUCGUGCCCCUUGGGAUUUCCAAAGCGCAAAUCUCUUCGUAUUUACAACGCUUGCGAUCGGAUUUUAUGUGCAGUCGUCCAGUUGGAUCUAUCGGGAACAUGAAGCGGUUUGCGCAAAUAUCAAGAACCUCAACGGCACGCUGGCUACGUAUACGGCGAUCGAACACAAUGAUACCAUCGUCGAUCAGAAAGUGCUGCGACAGAUCACCGACCUCACGUCAACCGUGACCUUCUCCGAGGCCGUCAAACCCUCCAACGUCUGGCUCGCUUGCAUGCUCGCCAACACCGUCUCCGGCUUCAUCCUCAGCCUGAUCUUCAUCGCCACCGCCGCCUUGACGCUCCUACCAUCGAUCCCUGCUGCACCAUCCGCCUGCUACAGCGCCGUCGUCACGCUCUGGCUGAUCCCCGGCUUCUUCUACCUCUUGGACCCGCUCCUGCAGCUGUGGACGUACAAGUACGCCGAUAUUAUCGAGGCGCAGAGUCUGUGCCGCAUAAUCGCGUAUUGCUAUCUCGCUGCGGUGUCCUGGUGUCUCUUUUGGCAGUCGAUCCCGUGGCGGCCGGCCAAAGUAACCUGCUGGAAGGAGGUGACUGAAGAGCAGGUGGCGAAUGGGGUGAGGCGGAAUGUCACAAGGGCCAAGGAGUAUUACGUGACGGAGCACUAUGAGAUCAAGUUCGAGCCGGUUACGGAGGGGAGGAGGCGGUGGCCUUGUGGAUUUGAUGCUGUGUAG